ACCAAAUUAAAACUUUGCCCGUUAAUUGCAGUACCCCCUCAUUGAUUACUCUUGUCAUGUCCCUUCAUGCUUCUUCCCAUCUCAACAUUGUGCAGCUUCCUCAUAAUUAUAACUAUGCCAAGCCUGCGUUGAAGCUUACUGUCCCUGCCGCUCCUCCUCCUCCUCCAAGCCUGGCAGUUAAAAAUGCGCAGCAAAAUCCUGAACAUGCAGCUGCUCUGUUCCCUCCUGCAAACCAGAGUGUUGCAGCCAUUGUUUUUGGAGAUGGAUCGCCCUCCAGGCUGUAUCCUCUGACAAAACGAAGAUCAGAAGGCGCCAUUCCUAUAGCAGGGAAUUACAGACUGAUUGAUGCAGUUGUCAGCAACUGCAUCAACAGUAACAUUUCCAAGAUAUACGCUCUUACCCAAUUUAACUCUACUUCUCUGAAUUCCCACCUUUCCAGAGCUUACUCUGGAGCAUCUCUGGGGAAGGAGGGCUUUGUGGAAGUAAUUGCAGCAUGUCAGACUCCUGAAGCAAUGGGCUGGUUCAAGGGACCUGCUGAUGCUAUAAGGAGGAGCUUAUCAGUGCUUGAAGAGUAUCCAGUUCUGGAGUUUCUGAUCCUUCCAGGGCACCAUCUAUAUAAGAUGAAUUACCAGAAACUUGUAGAGGCUCAUCGGAACAACUCAGCUGACAUAACUAUAGCAGUUCAUGGUAGCAGGAGAUAUGAUAAUCCAGGAUUUGGCAUUUUCACAGUGAACUCCAAAAACCAAGUUACUGGAUUUCUCCGGGAGCCGGGGAUGAAUCCUGAAUCGGCACAGCAUUCAGCGACAUUCACUGAUAUCCCCACCCAGUACAAUAUUUAUCCUGGCAUGGGGAUUUAUGUGAUUAACAGAGAUGUGAUGAUAAACCUUGUCACAGAACAUUUUCCAACCGCGAAUGAUUUAACAGGCGAAAUAAUGCCUGGGGCAAUUUCCUUGGGGAUGAAGAUUCACGCAUACAAGUUUGAAGGGUAUUGGGAGGAUAUGACAAGCAUUGAAGCAUUCUAUCAUGCAAAUAUGGAAAGCACAAAGAAUGCAAGCACUGCUGCACAUAAGUCAGUUCGUAACUUGGAAUCCAUCAAUACCAGGAGCUUAACAAAUGCUGAAACAUCAAAUAUACACAAAAAUGACUUACUAGUUAAAAAUGUUUGUGCUGACAGCAGCUUUUACGACAGAGACAAUCCACUUUAUACUCUACCUCGACAUUUGCCUCCAACUCUGAUAACUGAUGCUGUCAUUGUCGACUCUGUGGUCGGAGAUGGCUGCGUGCUAAGCAGGUGCAAGAUCAAAGGCACGGUGGUUGGCAUGAGAACAAGGGUCGGAGAGGGGGCGACCAUUGAGGAUUCAAUAAUAAUGGGUUCUGAUACAUAUCCAGGAAGUAUUGUUCAAGGGGUUAACGCAAAUCAUGGUGUCAGCAACAUUCCUAUUGGGAUUGGGGAAGGUGCAGUCAUUAAAAAAGCUAUUGUCGACAAGAAUGCAAGGAUUGGCAAAAAUGUUUUGAUCAUAAAUAAGGACAAUGUGCAGGAGGGAGACAAGGAAGCAAAUGGCUACGUGAUCAGAAAAGGCAUAAUCAUCAUCAUAGAGAGGGCAAUUAUCUCAGAUGGAACCAUUCUGUGAAAAAUUUCAACAUCUGGUCCUCUCCACUUGCUCCCAAGGAAAAAAAGACCUCACAGGCUUCUUCCUUCAAUAUUAUGUUGGCAUUUACAAUGACUAAAUA